AUGGCAUCUGAAGAAGGGAGUAUAAAGCAGAGAAAGAUAUAUCAAUUUGAGCCUGAGUUAAAGUGGGACACUGACAAAACGGGGGUUACUGUGAUCGGCGACGCCGCUCAUGUCAUGUCUCCAUUUGCUGGAGAGGGUGUCAACCAAGCAUUAGCAGACGCUUUACUCCUCGGUCAAACUCUCGUACCACUCUUCACCACUUCUGCCUCAAACACUUCGCAUGGGCAGGUCGCCCCUACAUCCCAAGAGCUGGGCUCAGCAUUGAGAACUUUCGAACAGCGAAUGAUGUAUAGAGCGAAAGUGGAGAUGCAAGGAUCGAAAGAUAAUAUGGAUAUGUUCUUUGGCGAGGAACCUGCCAGACAUCUUGCGGAGAUGUUGAGUUCGUUUGGACAUGAGGGACCAGCUUCUGGGGUGAUGGGAAACUGA